AACUACGAUGAUGACCGUCGAAACUACAAUGAUGAAUGACAAAACUGUGAUGAUGAAAUUAAAAAGUUAUUUACGAUGAUGAAAGUCGAAACUACGAUGAUGAAAUGCAAACCUAUGAUAAUUAAAGACGCAUUUACGGUGAUGAACGACGAAAUCCAUGAUGAAAAAGAUUCAUCAUUGUAGUCUUCCAGGGUUUCAUCAUCGUGACUAUCAUAAUUUCUUUAUUUCUUAAUUCAUGGCUUUUUUUUUCAUUUAUUCUAUAUGUGUAAAUGUCAAUGUUGGUAUUUUGUAAUCAGUGUCCUUUGGUAUACAUUUUGUAAACUUAUUAGAAUAUGGUGCCUGUAAUGUAUAACAGCAAUGUCCUUGAAAAUGAUGAACACUCUUGUAAAUACGUGUAACUGAAUAUUCAGAACAGUUAAAAUGUAGCUUUAACGUUAUUCUGAAUGAGAAUAUAUAUUUUAUUGCAAUUAAUUUGGUAUUAUUGCCCAUGAUUAUAAUAUAAAAGGACGAUACAAAAAUCAUAACACGCCGAAGACCAAAUAUUUAUUCAAUUCAGGCCUGCACGGUUAAAAAUAGACAUUACCUAUCGAUUUAAUUUACUCGCGGUUGUGCAAGACUGAACGCGCAGUGCUAAACCGCAACGUUUCGUGCUUCUGCAUUGUUUAUCAAUAGUGGAAACCGAGGAAAUCCGAGUGUAAUUCAUUUUGUAAACAUAUAUAAAUAACAAAUUUCCUUAAUAUUAAUAAUCUGACAGUUAAAAACCAAAUCAAUAAGCAAAUUUGUGGGUUAUAUUUCCAACAAAUAGUGUGGAUAUCUUUGUUACAGAUAAGAAUUACCGAAGUACAACGCAGUCAAUGGAAGAAGAAAUGGAGGCUGGGUCUUCUGAGGGAGGAAUUUUCGUAAAUGACUUGGAAAUAAAUCACACCGACUCUGUUGAGGAAGAUAUGGAAGUUGACAAUCUUAUGGCAGGAAUUCAAAAUUUGUUUUGCGAGUCUGGUCCUGCAAAAGGUCAGGAAGUAAAUAAAAACAUGACUGAAACUGAUACGGAAUUUCUUUAUGGAUUUUCAGAUGAUUUAUUCAAAAAAACAGAGGAACCUACGAAUGACAGACAAACAAAUGUGAAAUCUGCUGAUAAUAAAAGUGACAUAUCAAAAGUUAAAUAUGAUUCUGAUUCAGAUUCAGAUAUAAAAUUUAAUUUAUUUGAUGAUACAGAUGUCGAAGACGACGCUGCAUAUUUAUUCAGUGAUAUAAAACCAUUACCCGGAAGUAGAUCAUCCAAAUUUAGUAAAAAUGAAAGGUCAAGAGAUACAGAAACGAAACCGAAAGUUGACAAACAAGGCAAAAUGUUUCCUCAAAGUUCUUCAGUUAAUCAAGUAAAUAGAGGACUAAUGGGACUAUCGUUGAGUAACAGUGACAGUAAUUUGAUUAAAGACUCCAAGGCGGAAUAUACGGGUCCGAAACCCGAAGAUGACAAUUUUUGUAGCAUUUGUAGAGAUGCCCAUACUAACCCUAAAACUUUGAAAAAAUGCUCACAUAGUUUUUGCACAGACUGCAUCGACGAAUAUUUUAAAAUUAAACCGGCUUGUCCGGAGUGUUUUGUUGCUUAUGGAGUGAUAAAGGGUAACCAGCCGGAGGGAUAUAUGGGAGACAGUAUAUCAAAAAUCAAACUUCCGGGAUACGAACAAUAUAAUACUAUUGUUGUCUCGUAUGGAUUCAGCGACGGGACGCAAACGGUAAUUUGUUUGUUUUAG